AUGCUUCAGAAAUAUAGCGACAUCAUUGCCGAACAAGAGAAAACAGGAUUUAUUGAACGAAUAGACGAAAGCGCGUCAUCUUCUUCGAUCGUUCAUAACAUUCUUCACCAGCAUGUCAUGAAAGAGUCUUCUACAACGCCCAUUCUCAUUGUAUACGAUUGUAGCUGUAAACAGUCCCCCGGCAAACCGAGCCUUACUUACUGCCUAGAGUCAACACCUCCUGUUCUCAACGACUUGACAUCAAUUUUACUGCGAUUUUGCCUACAUAGAUAUGCAGUCAGCACAGAUAUCGAGAAGGCGCUUUUGCAUGUGGGCUUACAUGAAAAGGAUCGCGAUGCUACGCGAUUCCUGUGGUUGAGUGACCCGAGCGAUCCAGAGUACCCUUAA